CUGCUGCUGCUUUUCACUGCUCAUUAAAUGUUACCUUUAGUCUAGCUAGCUGGCUUGACUACAUUACUACUGCUUAUUAUAAAAAAAUGGCGGUGAGAAAACGGUGUCGUACACGUGUACUGCUACAAAAAGAUAUAACAAAGACGUUGAAGGUUAAGAACAAAAUGCGACCUAUAGAUGCUAAAGCCGAAAUUAAAAAGAAUGUACUCAUCGCGCAAGAAAUUAAAAUGGCGCGACUAUUAGCUAAUAAUGACAAAAAAAUAAGAGAUAAAGUGUUAAAAAGAUUGAAAAAGUGGUUAACAGUACGAUCACAAAGUUCAUUUGCUUUUACAAAAACAGACUUCAUGAGCUUGUGGAAAGGUCUGUUUUAUUGCAUGUGGAUGUCUGAUAAAAUGUUGGUUCAGGAAGAAUUAGCUGAGUCACUUAGUAAACUUGUACAUUGUUUUGAUUCGAAGGAUACUAUUUUACUUUAUACUAGUUGCGCUUUAAAAACACUUGCCAUUGAAUGGUUUGGCAUAGAUCAAUAUAGAUUAGAUAAAUUUUUAAUGUUAAUUAGAAGAAUUCUUCGUCAAACAUUUGUAACCUAUAAAGAUAAAUCAUGGGAUAUUAAAUGGGUGACAGAAUUGUCACAAAUGUUUUUACAACUGUUCUUACAUCCAAAAACUGGUUUGGGAUUUAAUUUGCACAUGAUAGAAAUAUAUUUACAAGAACUUGCAAAGGUUAGCAAUGGAAAUAUACCGGAAUGUGUUGUCCAUGAAUUUAUUAAACCAUUUGUUAUAUAUUUAAUGACAACAGAUGAUGAACGACAAAUGAAACAUAUCAUACAACAUGUUUUUAGAUAUUUAAUAUUUCAGUCGGAUGUAGGUUUAGAUUAUAUGGAGAAAUUUGAAGCUUGGAAAAGGGCUGGUUUUCCUUGCACACAUGUGGAUAAUAUGCAAAAAAUUGAGAUAGACACAGAAGAAAAUGUUGGUAAUGAAAAUGAUCAACUUUUGGAAAAUGAAAUACAAAAUAAAAGUGAAAAACAUUUAGACCCAAGAGCAGGUAAAGUGGAUGUGGAACUACCACAAAUACCUUUUAAUGCUGCAAAAAUUGUUGAAAUGCUGUCAGUAUAUCAUUUUCAUCCAUCAUCAAAGGCAAAAUCACGAAGACACCUUUCAAGACUUCUUGAAGAAUUUAUGGAAUUAUCAGAGGGAAGAAUGCCUUUUGGAAUAAAAAAAGUUAGAAGAUCAAAUUUAGAGAAACAAGAUUCGAGAAAAGAAUCGAGAAAGGCUACAUUACACCUCAUUCAAUUUGAGAAAAAAUUGUUUUCUGACAAUAUUAAUAAAAAACAAAAACGGAAAAGAAAUGGAGAGGCCGUUGCUAGCGAUAUAUCUUCUUGUGAUAGCCUAAAAAAUGAAGAUCAUUUAGAGUUGAAUUCUAUUAUAGAUAUUAUUGAUUUAGAAAGUGAAUCAAUUGAUUCAACUGUGAAUAUGAUGUCCAAUUUGCAAGAUACAGAUACAGAUGCAGAUAUAGUGCCACUUAAGAAACGAAAGCGUAAUUUAACAUGUGAUAAAUUUGAUAAAAAUGUAAUUAUCGAAGACAAGGAGAAGCUAAAAACAAAACCUCAUAAAAAAUUUAAUAAAACUAAGAAAAUUAAAUUGAGCCAGAUAAAUGAUACAUUCAUGACACAUAAUAAUGUAAAAUGUAAACCAAAGAAAAUGGUAUUUCAUGAGAAGCAUACGUUCAGUAAAGAUCAAUACACUGUUAUCUCACCAGCUUCAAAGGAAAGAAAAUUACUUAAAGAAGCUACGAAACAAAAAAAAUCUUUAGUCUUAAAAGAGACGUUAAAAAAAAAUGUUUUACAUAAUGAUCAAGGGAUGCUGUUCAAAGAUGAAUUAUCAACUCAGACAAAAAAACAAACUAAUUUAAAUAAUUCUUUGGAAAAGAAAAAAGUAAUCUUUAGUCUCUUUCGAAAUACUGCGCAACAUACAUCGGAAUAUCUUCAGCAAGUUCGUAAAAGCCCAGCUAUCCCCUUUGAUGCAAACAAAAAACCGUUAACUAGUGUACUGAAGACAAGUCCUAUAUCGAGUCCACUCAAUCCAUUCUACAGAAACAAAAUAUGAGUUCAGAGAAUUCUGAUUUUUUAGAAAGUCCCCAACUUGUGUUGAAACCAUUGAUUUUGAAAUUAAUUGAAUUGUUUAAUGAUGUAAAAUAAUAAUAACAUUCAAAAAAUAAUACAAGAAUUAUAUUCAAAAAGA